UAUCAAUGAAUUAGACAAUUAUAUAUAUAUAAAGUAAUUUCUUUACUCACGUAUAUUAUAAGCUUCACGAAAUAUUUUAUUUCAUUCCAAGUCCUAAGUAAUUGAAGUACUCAAACUUGAAAAGGGUCACCGGUAGAUCUUCCGGUUUAGAAGGGCAUCAAACCGAAACCUAAUACAUGUAACUGCAACAAGUUUAUAAUAAUGCUUCAGUUAGUUAGAGCUCAAUUUUUACAAUGUACACGUCGUAGCAUAACUACCUCAUCAUGUCUCUGUGGUAAAAAGACACGAAAACCCUGGGAUCAGAGGUUUCCAGUUUCAGUGGAAGAUGUAAGUCCAGAUGUUAAAGGAGGUAGUGUUGAGAUGGCCGAAGCUCUUCCGGAAAAAAGUGAGUCCCAGCCCAGUGACAGUUUUGGUUUACACAUUUUUAUUUCAUGCAGAUGGAUCAUUACAGAUCUCAACAUGAAAAAAUCAAAUUGUAGAGACUAGAGACAUAUAAGUACUUAUAUAUCGCAAUCAAUAAGCUAACACUAACAUGGCAUGACAUGAGCAUGGCCAAAUGACAAAAAAUUCAACCAAAGGCAAAGACUUUUCUACAGUACCUUAACAAAAUGUAAAAUUGCGGCGUAAAAAAACAAGUCGUUUACUUAUUCUACAGUGAAACAAUAGGAAGCCUACUCCUUUCAUCACAGAUACUUAGGAUCGGCUCGUUGGGGACAAAUUCUUUCUCUAAGGGCGAGGAAUGAAGGAUAUGAAUAUGAAAAUCCUUUUGUGCCCCAUAUCUGUAAGAAUUUACCAGUUUGCUCCCCCAGAAGUCACAAAUCUAAAUGAGAACUAAUAAAUCCCUGAUAUUGAUAUGGCUAAGAAAAUUCACUAAAUUUUAAAUGGCUGUUUUUUUCACUUGUGAAAUUGAAAUAAUUUGUGUUCAAAUUGUUUUAUUCAUGUGCUGAAAAUGUACAUUGCAAUCAAAAAACAUUUCCAUUUGUUUGGAUCAAUAAAAGAAUCUAGUUAUCUUAAUUUUUACUGCCAGUAAACAAAACUUGGUGAUGAGUACAAAAUUGAGCAUGGCAUUGUGACUUUAUUAAUUGUAGGUUAGCAUGCGGAUAUUUAAUAUGCAAUGCUAACUCCAGCCCUUGCCUCACACUGUCUCAAAUAGCGUAUUUUUUUUUUAAUGGUUACUUUGGAAUACAAUGUCAGAAAUUUAUUAGAUAUUUACAUAAUAUACUCAUUAAUUACGUUGUUAUUUUGUGAAAUCGACAGUGUGUUGUCUUCAUAGCUAAACAGGCAUGGUUGCAGCACAUAAUGUGCAUGGCCACAAUAACAAAUUGAGCCUUCAGAAGCUGUAAAUUUUCAUGGGGCUCAACUCGCCCCAUCCAGUCAUUUUGUAAAUACCUGGUAAUCAUAUCGCAAUUUUCAUAGCUCAAAAUCUGUUAAAAUUACAGCUUAUUUAAAAGAUGAUGUUGGCUUUGUUGCUCUAAUUCAAAGUAGUCUCCUUUAAACUAAAUGUAGCCUAAUAUUUUAAAAUGUUUUUAAUAAUGUUUUGGAAUUAUUUAUUUUUUACCCAAAUGCUUAGUCUAAGGUAAUUUUGGCUGUAAUAUCAUAUUUUAGGAUCGUAAAUUAAAGGUCAUUUCAUUAACCAGUGAGUAAUUGUAUUUUACCUUAUUUCAACUUUACUUGUUUUCUCCCCUUUCAGUGAGGACUAAAAAUACAAUAACGGAGAAUUAACAAAAUGCCAAUUUUGGAUAGGGCAAGACACGCCCUAAGCAUAUUGAGCUAUGAGUAGAGCGCAAUGCAUUAUUCCUCACAUAGGAAACUUAUUCUGAAUUUAGCCGAUUGAUUUCACAUUUUAAAAAAUUAAAAUUAUACAGACCAAAUUAAAAAAAUGUUGACUAACUUUUAUAGAUUUUAGGCUAGGAAAUUUUAAAUACCCGAUAAUAUAUACCCUCUUUCCUGAAUGUAUCUGUAGUAUGGACUGCACCAUCUAAUUGUGUGACAGUUUUCUAUUGAUUUCAUGUUUACAUAAUACUGGCAUUAUUCUAUUGUGGUACUGGUACAAAGUAUUAUAAAAAUUGCUUCUUUAAAAAUUGUUCAUUGAUGCUUCUGUCUUAAAAGAUAUAAAAAUUUGCAAUUUAUUCAAUGUAGUAAUGGAAUCCUCAUGUACAUAGUUAACAAUAGUCUACUCUGAAAUAUGCAGAUGUUAACUCAAUAGACCUUCAAAUAAUUCAAUGACAUUUUAAAAAAAUAUUGAACAAUGAAAGUUCAUUGUUUAUUCAGAAUUAAUUUCAUUGAUUUUGUUUUCUAUAUUAUUUCAUGCAGAUGGGGCAUUAUUAACUGCCCAUAAAUACAAGUGCAAAAUUGAGCAUAGCAGCGUUAUUCAUUGUGUCUCUCAGAUAUGCGAGUAUACCCCCUAACAACCUGCCAUCUACGCCUUUUCUAGCGUAGUCUCAAUAGCUUUUUAUUAAAAAAAUACUGGAUAACACAAUUGAAGACAUUCAUUCAAAAUUUGUAAUCUGAUGACAAUGGCGUUUUGUCUACAAAAUGUUGGAAACACAAAGUUUCUAUUGCAUUGUCCAUUCCCAUCACUCCAAUGACAAAUUGAGCCCUCAGCAGCUGCACUUAUUCCUAGGGCUCAACUCGCCCCUCCCAGGCAUUUCUUUAACGAAAUGCAAGCAAGUUCCUAAAAUUAUUUAGUUUUAUUUGAUUGUUAAAGUUAAUUUUACUCGCCUAAGAAUUUGAAAUUGAUUGUUGAUAACUUUCUGCUAGCUAGUUGUUAUUUAAUUUAAGAAGAAAUCUCAUAUAGACCACAAAUGCAAAUGACAAAAGAUGGGGGAGCUUAAUUUUUUUCUCUGUUACUAUUCAUUAAAUGUUAGUUUCUGGGCACUUAAAGACAGUGUUUGAAUUUAUAAAAGCCCUUUGCUAUAAAUAAGCCCUACACAAUAAGAUAAAGCUUAACAAAAUUUUAUGAAAAUAAAUUUUAAUAAAAUGUGCUAUUUCAUUUGUAUUGAAUUUGUGACACUAAAGCUAAAAUAUGAAUUUUCCAAGCCUGAUAAGUCUGCUAUAUAAACUAAAUAAAAUAAAUACUUAAAGCCAUUCCAUACAAUUUGAGCAGCCUCUAAAUCAUCUAUUUAUAAAAUUCUGAUCUUUUUAUUUUGUCCUUAUUUCGAAACUUUUUUUCAGUUGUUGCCCCGACUGGCAUAUACCACAAGCUAACCAAGAAAUAUAUUCAUGUCCCAGAAAUGGUACCAGAAUUUGUUGUUCCAGAUCUCACAGGUUUUGAGGUACAGCAUUUUCUUAGAGUUUUUAAGUCAUGCUGCGAUUUAUUUAUAAUCUUUAUUAAAAUCAAAUUGAGCAAAUAUCAUCAUAUGUAAAUUAGCCCUAGACACCUUAAUAAAUGGAAAGUGGAAGCUUUCCAAAUGCUAUUCAAAAUAAUUUAUUUUUUGUAUCUCUCUAACUAUUGUAACUGAUGAUAAUUUAUACAAAAAAUCUAGAUAAUAAAUUAAUUUUUAGUACCUUGAAUAUUUAUUAAUUAGAAUGAACAAAGAUACAAAAGUAAUUGCAUCCAUGCCAGUCUGUACAGUUUACCCUGCUUUGUAAGGUUUUUAGGCAUGUGGAAACUGCUUAUUCCUGCCACAGACAAUCAGGGACGGGAACAAGCUUCAAAAAGGAACAGUUGAGGCGAAAAUACUUGACACAUUUGCAUCUAUUGCCUCAGGCCUUCCAACCCCCAGUUCUUGAUAACCUUGCUGAGUAGCACUUGCAACCAGUAAAAUAUCCUCUUCAAUACCAGGCACAGAAAUAUCUCAAAUCCCCACUACAUAAAUAGGAGCCAGAAUUAUCAAUACAUUGAUCGUGGGCCCUUGCCUUAAAAUAUAGGAGAAGAAGUGUACAUCGUACAGGAUUUAGUCAAGUUUUUUUUUUCAAUUUCAUUUUGUACUGUUACCUAUGAAAACUAUUUUCUUUACAGCUGAAACCUUAUGUAUCAUAUAAAGCCAAGGAGAUAAGCCAAGCACCGCUAACUCCCCGUGAGAUCUUUGAUUCAUAUUAUGCACAGGAUAUUGAGGAUGACUUUCUUGAUGGAAAAAUCAAGUUUGAUGCCCAGAAAGUAUUUUUGGGGAACGACAGACAAGUACAGCUUGAAGAGUACAUUGAGAUUGUAAAAGAGAAAAAAACGUGAUAUUAAAAUAUGUCUUUUUUACUAUUAAAUUUUUGUGUACAUAUCGCUUUGUUUGUUUAUUUUAGUUGUUAGGUUAUUGGUAUAGGGGCAAUAGACAAUAAACUUAACAUAAACUUAGUUCAAUCCUA